GGUUGCGCUUGUGUGAGCGAGCACCGAGUGUAACACUUUGAUGAUGCUCGGAACCCAAAGUUUGCAUCUCUGCUGUCGUUUCGAGGCGAAUCGCAUUUGUUUACGAAUUUGUUGGGACAGAGGGGCAAUUGAUAUCUCGGUCGCGUCCUCGCCGUUCGCUCAUAUUCGUAAUAAAAGCGAGAAGAAAUCAAAUAUGCAGGCCGCCGCCAAUGCAGUGAAGAGGCUGAUUCCUCUCUUCGACAGAGUCCUCGUGCAGAGAGCCGAGGCUAUCACCAAAACGAAAGGUGGCAUCGUACUGCCCGAAAAAGCGCAAGCAAAAGUUCUGCGAGGCACGGUCGUGGCCGCAGGCCCUGGAGCGAGGAACGAUAAAGGGGAGCACGUGCCUUUAAGCAUCAAGAUAGGAGAUGUCGUGUUACUUCCCGAGUACGGCGGCACAAAGGUUGAACUUGAGGACAACAAGGAAUACCAUCUGUUCCGCGAGUCGGAUAUAUUAGCCAAAGUAGAGGUUUAACUCGUUGAGUUUAAGUUACGUUUCCAGUUUUGUAAAUGCCACAUAAAUCGUUCGUCUAGAACUUAACGAGCUAGCGGCGAAAAAAAAUGUAUACAGAGUACACGUACAUAAUAUAAUUGAGUUAUUCGUUUAACUCGAUGAAAAGACCUAAUUUUUUGUUUUCCAAGGAAUCCGCUGCUGAAAUGCCAUUGUUUCUUACUGUACAUAUAUUUUUCUGAUAAAAUACAGUCAUUUGUCUAUUGUA